AUGAAAGAGAAGUCUAAAAAUGCUGCCCGGACGAGAAGGGAGAAAGAAAACAGUGAAUUUUAUGAACUGGCUAAAUUACUGCCGUUACCCUCAGCCAUCACCUCGCAACUGGACAAAGCCUCGAUCAUCAGACUCACGACCAGCUAUCUCAAAAUGAGAGUGGUCUUUCCGGAAGGGCUUGGCGAGGCGUGGGGUCACACCAGUCGAACCAGCCCCCUGGACAACGUUGGUCGCGAACUCGGCUCUCAUCUACUCCAGACUCUGGAUGGCUUCAUCUUUGUGGUGGCCCCAGAUGGGAAGAUCAUGUACAUCUCAGAGACAGCUUCAGUUCACCUGGGCCUUUCUCAGGUAGAACUGACUGGGAACAGCAUCUAUGAAUAUAUCCACCCGGCUGAUCAUGACGAGAUGACAGCAGUGCUCACAGCCCAUCAACCCUACCACUCUCACUUUGUACAGGAGUACGAGAUCGAACGCUCCUUCUUUCUAAGGAUGAAGUGUGUUUUGGCCAAGCGGAAUGCUGGCCUCACCUGCGGUGGCUACAAGGUCAUUCACUGUAGCGGCUACCUGAAGAUCCGCCAGUACAGCCUGGAUAUGUCUCCCUUUGAUGGGUGCUACCAAAAUGUGGGCUUGGUGGCUGUGGGUCACUCCCUGCCUCCGAGCGCUGUGACAGAGAUCAAACUACACAGCAACAUGUUCAUGUUCCGAGCCAGUCUGGACAUGAAACUCAUUUUCCUGGACUCCAGGGUAGCAGAGCUGACUGGGUAUGAACCUCAGGACUUGAUUGAGAAGACCCUGUACCAUCACGUGCACGGCUGUGACACCUUCCACCUACGCUGUGCACACCAUUUACUGUUGGUGAAGGGUCAGGUGACCACCAAGUACUACAGGUUCUUGGCGAAGCACGGCGGCUGGGUCUGGGUGCAGAGUUACGCCACCAUCGUACACAACAGCCGCUCCUCCAGGCCGCACUGCAUCGUCAGCGUUAACUACGUCCUCACGUGA